AUGGCGCCCCGCAAGCCUCGCUGCAACUUCAAGGAGUGCAAGGAAGCCGCUCAACGCAUCGUCGGAGACUGCAGCUUCUGCAGUGGUCACUACUGCUCUAAGCAUCGCAUGCUGGAGGCUCACGCCUGCACUGGUCUCGAGGACUGCAAGAAGGAGUCCCACGCCCGCAAUGCCGAUAAGCUCAACAGUGAGCGGACUCACGUCAUUAAGGGCGUAUGA